GGGGGCGGCGCGGGCUCGGGCUCCGCGGCGGGUCAGCGGUGCCGGCCUGCAGGGCCAGUGAGGUGUGCCCGGCCACCGGCCGUCUGCAGUGAGAGCGUGUGAGCUGUGCCAGCCGCCAGCGGGGCGGACGGGGCGCGCGCCGGCAGCCGGCCGGCAUGGGCAACCAGCAGGGCAGGCCGGGCCGCAGCGGCCGGAAGCGCAGCCGCCAGGACAGCGGCGCCGACACGGGGCCGGUGCACGAGGAGAAGCGACGACCUCAGGCCGACUGGCCGGCCGACAGGGAGGUGCCCGGGCAGCCCGGCCAGCCGAGCAUCGUGCCGCGGACCGAGGACGCCGAGUCCGAGUACCUGUACGAGCAGGUGCCGGAGCACGGCAUCGUGGUCUGCUGGGACCCGCCGGCCAACGCCACCGCCAACACAGGUUACCUUCUGGAGGCCAGCUACCCGGACGGUCUCACGUGGAUUUCUGUUACCGAGGAGCCCGUCUUCGAGACUGUCCAGGCGGUGGUCGACCUGACCCCGGGUCAGACCUACAUCUUCCGCGUGACGGCGCAGAACCGGCGCGGCAGCUCGGCGCCCUCCGUGCCCUCCGACUCUGUCCAGAUAUCUCUUCGACAAAAAUCCGAUCCGGAGCCGCCGGUGGUUUUACGGACGCUCCGAGACGCCACCUGUCUUCAGCACGAUAAGGCCAGCUUUACCAUCCAGUUCACUGGCUCCCCUCUGCCCACCGUGCACUGGUACAAGAACAAGGAGAGGGUCCAGCCCGACGACCGGUGCCAGGUGGUGACACUGGGGGAGCGUUCGUCACUGCUGCUCCACCCGGUGCUUCUGGAGGACGCCGGCACCGUCACCUGCGAGCUCAUCAACCCCAUCGGCUCGGUCAGCUCGUCGGCGCGCCUCCUGGUGGAAGCGCCGCCCAGCCUGCGCGUGCCCGAGGCGGUGGAGCGCGGCCUGACCUUCGCUGUGGACGAGGUGAUUCGGGUGUGCGUCCCGUACCUGGGCCGGCCAGUGCCCACCUUCACAUGGAUGAGAGGAGACCAGGAGCUCUCCGCAGAGGUGGACAGCCGGGUGGUAACCUCGUGCUCGGACACGGAGGCCAGUCUGCGGGUCUCGGACGCCGGCCCGUCGGACAGCGGCCAGUACACGCUGCGGGCCGUCAGCGACGCUGGAGGCGACGUGGCCGUCUUCAACAUCGCCGUCAAAGGCGCCCCGGGACCGCCGGGCCAACCCCAGCUGCGCCAUCUCUCGUCCAAGUGCCUAACUAUAGACUGGACGGCGCCAGAGUACGACGGCGGCGCCAAGAUCACCAAGUAUCUCGUCGAGUACUUCAGGGUCGGCUGGGACGUCUGGCUGAAGGCAGUGACAUCGCGCAGUCGCCUGGCCCAGGUGUUUGACCUCACCGUCGGGUCAGAGGUCAAGUUCCGGGUCAGGGCCGAGAACUCGUACGGCGUCGGCCCACCUGGACCAGACAGCGUUGUCUGCACCGUCCCGGAGCCAACAGAAGGGGAGGACGACUUUCUGCUGGACCAGCUGAGUGUGAGCAGCCGGGCGGCCAGUGAACUCAGUCUCAGCAGGGAGGAGGUGCUGCCCAGUCCCAAACGGCCGCGCUCCGACCAGAUCGACUCGGCGGUGCUGCCUCCGAGAGGGCCGGCACCGGGCGCGGUGCCGGCCGACGGCCCGGUCCGGCCGGCCGUGACCUCUGACCCCGGCCAGGGUCACCGCGCCCGGCCCCGGUCACCGUCAGCUGGCCGCGGUGGGGCGGACCGGCCGCGCGGCGUCAGCCCGUUCUACAGGGAGGACAGUCAACAGAAGGCCGUGGAGCCGCCCCUUCUGACGGUGCCCUCUGAGCCGAUGGUCGGUUAUAUCGGCGAGACGACCAUAAUCACUGUGGGACUGGAGGGACCGAUCACAUCUCUGACCUGGCACCACGACGGCCAGCCGCUGGUGGAGGACGACCACUACCACAUCCGCCGUGUGGCCGAGGGCACGCAGCUCUCGGUGGCGCACACAGCGCCCGGUGACGCCGGCAGCUACACGGUGACGGCGCGCAACUCAGCCGGCCGCUCGGCCGCCCAGCUGCGCCUCGAGCUGCGGCCCGCCCGGCCCACCGCCGGAGACGACGCGCCGCCGCCCGUCGACAGCGACGACUACACGCCGUUCGUGCGCCGCGGCCGACCCGGCAGGACCGACAGACCGGCACGGCCCGAGAGGAGGCAGACGGCGCCGGCGGCGGCCGAGCGGGCCGCAGAGGACGGGGGUCAGCAGCAGUCAGUGUCUGACCGGCGCUCCAGCGGUCAGCCGGCAGUGAACGGGAUGUGGUAG